CAAACCCUCAUCCCAAUCUUAACCCCAUCCAACAUGGAUUCAGGGCUCCUUGCCGACAAAGUUGAGACCGUGAAAUCUGAGUUCCUUUUUCCAGACCCGGUUGUUGGUGAAAAACAAAGAGCAACAACGGAUUUCUCGCUACCACCUACAAAGCCACCAGAUCCUAUUUUCGACAUAAACAAUUCCAUCAUUCCUCCACAAUUUCCUUUCGAGCUUGUUUCAGUAGAGAUCGAUGAUAAUCCCUUUGAGCCUUGGGAGAUUCUUGAGUCUCUUAAAGAUGCUUCAUUGCUUCAGAACUUUUCUGCUAUCAAUGCUAAUGUUAAGGGUAAGUUACCGGAGUUUUUUAGUGAUGAGGUUUUUCCUGUUCUGACCCUUUUGCAUUUGGCUUUCAAUAAGCUUGAGGGUAGGUUUAAGCAACAUCCGAUAACUUGGCGACGAGAUGAAAAAUACUUUGCUACAAUAAGUGUGUGCAGUUCUAAUUUAUUGCAGAAACUUAAGGUUUGGGAUCGAGAUUCAAGGGCGCUGCUUGCUUCUUCGAAGAAUAAAACGUUUGCUGGAGCAGUUUUGAAGGGGAUGCCCAGUGGUGCAAAAAUUGCAACUAUAUAUGACAGAAAAGCUGAAAACGAAUGUCCCUCCAUUGUUUUCUUUGAGAGGAAUGGAUUGGAAAGAAGAAAGUUUAGUGUUGGUGAAAGAGUUAAUGCAAAACUAAAAUUUCUGAAGUGGAAUUGCAGUUCUGAUCUUCUUGCGGGUGUUGUUGAAUGUGAAAAUUAUGAUGCUGUAAAGAUAUGGUAUUUUAGCAACAACCAUUGGUACGUGAAGCAUGAAAUUAGAUACUUGAAGCGAGAUGAAGUCAAGUUCAUAUGGAAUCAAGAAAAGCCUUUGCAGUUGAUUUGUUGGACUCUUGGUGGUCAGGUUACGGUUCACAACUUCGUUUGGAUCACAACUGUUACAGACAAUUCCGUUGAACUAGUCACCGGUGGCCCCAAUAUUCACGUAACACCACUUUCCUUGUUUUUAAUAGUAUAUUGUAACAACUCCAAGAAUAAUAUAGCUGCAUUUCUUUCAGAAGGUAGUUUAUGUGUUGUAGAGCUUCCAUCAAUUAAAACCUGUGAAGAACUAGAGGGGAAAGAAUCCAAUGUUGAAGCCUCUCACACUGAAAUGGUGUUUGGAUCCUGCCCUUGGAUGGAUGUAGCGCUGGUUGAAAGUGUUGGCCAGUCAAAACUAGUGCUUUUUGGACUGGAUGAGAUUGGCAGAUCGCAUACUAGCAGAGGGAUAGUUGUUUUUGCGGAAAAAGGUCAUUUUGAAGUUUCAAAAGAUAUCUUUACACAGGGGAAUUCUGUUGUGGCUGUGUUGCUUGACAAAUUCUUUGACAUGGAGUACACCGAUUGUGUGAAGGCCUUUGUUGCUUAUGCAAGCUCAGCUAAGAAAAUUGAGGAACUUGUUACUUUUUACAAUUGGUGUACUGAUGUGGUCCUCAGAUUUCCAAAUGCCAAGGAACUUGCAGUAAUACGUUCCUCUCAUGCUAGUGUACUACUACUUGAUACACAUUAUGGAUCAAACAUUAGUGGUUGGAUUUUAUUUGUUAUGGUUGUUCCAUUUAAGCAAUGGGAUCCGGAGUAAUUUUAGAACCUUGAGGACAAGGUUCAAUGUGAACCGGGCGGCAAUGAUAGGAGGUGCAAUUAGAUAUUUUAAUUAGUAAUAUAAUGUUAGUUGUUAUUUUAUUUUGAAUGUUUGGUUGAAUUGGGCUUUUAGUAGUGUUUGAGCCUUUAAGUUUAUUAUCAUUAGAAGUACUAUAUAUUGUAGUCUCAUUGAGACAUUAGGUAUCCAAGAAAUCAAAUGAAAUUUAUCUUUAUUUCUUAGUUUA